GUGAGCCAAGUUCGUUUUCCCGCGCUUUCCAUUCCUCCCCUCAGACAGAGGGGGGAGCGAGCUGCGCGUGCGCCAAUCUGAACGGCGAGGACGUAACUUGCGUGAGAGGUCGUGAGCGCCGCGUCUCGGACCACGUGACGCGAGUGGGCGGAGCCGGGAGGGGCUUCUCACGAUUGGUGGAUAUGCUGCACUCUAAAGUCUUGUUACCAAGAACAUGGUCUUUAUUGGGCGGCUUAUGGCUGUGGAGAACUGCAUUUUCACCACAUAUACAGAUUUGCUUAAUGCAGCAGCAAAUUAAGGGCUGGCAGAGGAUUCUUUCCACAAGCUGUGCAAACUGUGCGAAAAAUCAACGGCUGAGACAAAAAAGAGUAAUAUCAGAAAAGAAACUGACUCGAUAUUUCAUAGAUCAUCGAAGAGUGAGUGUGACUGGAGGCCACGGAGGACAGGGUAUUAACUCUUUUUAUAGUGAACCUAGAAAAGAGUUUGGGGGUCCUGAUGGCGGAAAUGGAGGAGAUGGGGGCCAUGUUAUUUUGAAAGUUGACCAGCAAAUCAAAUCACUGAAUUUAGUCCUCCCAUUGUAUCGGGGUUUUGAUGGAGAAAAGGGGGGAAGCAAAAACUGUUAUGGAGCCAACGGUGGAUACACGUAUGUCAAAGUUCCUGUAGGCACGCUAGUUAAGGAGAAUGGGAAAACUGUGGCUAAUCUUGCACAGCAUGGUGAAGAAUAUGUUGCAGCUUAUGGAGGAACUGGAGGGAAGGGUAACCGGUUCUUUCUGUCCAAUGAGAAUCGAGCACCAGUGACAGAUACUGCAGGAGAACCAGGUCAGAAAAGAGUCCUCGAUUUGGAGCUCAAAAUUAUGGCUCAUGCAGGACUGGUAGGAUUCCCCAAUGCUGGGAAGUCAUCACUUUUGCGAGCAAUCUCCAAUGCAAAGCCUGCAGUGGCUCCCUACCCUUUCACCACUUUAAAUCCACACGUAGGCAUUGUUAACUACCAAGACUAUGAGCAAGUAUCAGUUGCUGAUGUGCCUGGUAUAAUAAGAGGAGCUCAUCUAAACAGGGGCCUUGGAUUGACCUUUCUGAGGCAUAUAGAACACUGCCGCUUUCUCUUAUUUGUGGUGGAUUUGUCUGUGUCUGAGCCAUGGAUUCAGCUCCAAGACUUAAAAUAUGAAUUGGACCAGUAUGAAGAAGGCUUGUCGAAGAGACCUCAUGUUGUCAUUGGGAAUAAGAUUGAUCUUCCUCAGUCGAAGGCUAACUUGCUACUCCUUAAGGAGCAAGUGGAGCAGAGAGUCAUUCCACUGUCUGCAUUGACAGGAGACAAUCUGGAGGAAUUAUUGUUGCACCUGAAAGAAUUGUACGAUUGUUAUGUAAAUGCUGAACAAUCACAUAAACAAAACUCUGUCAAAUGGUAGGAACUAGAGAUCCUGUGAGCCCUACGCUGAAUGGAGGAGGAAAACAACACAAUUUAUCGUAGGAUGCAUGUGUGGGAGAAUCAUGGGGAAUAGGACACAACACAUUGUUGAUUUGUUCUGGAUUACUGUUCCAAACUAAUUGCCACUACAAGCCUCGUAAGAUUUUUCCAACAAAAUGUAAAGGCCACAAAAAUAGGAGAUACUUGUAGUUCAAUGUGCAUUAACAAACUGUCCUAUCACUUAAAGAAACCUACAGACAAAGUCUGGUUUACAGGAGGUUAUACUCAAAUAAGUUUUUGACCCAAGAGAGAUACCAAGUCUUUUAAGGUGAUCAUGCUUUGCAUAAAUUGUACUGGAAGCUGUAUCUGCCUGGUUGUUGUAAUAAAGUGAUUGAGGGCUAUGUUCUCACAAUCAGGAAAUGUUCUCUUUCCACCUGUUUUCUUUUGUGGACAAUGUUCCUGUUUGUUUGCCUUUCUUUAAGUCAUUUCUUCGCUCAGAACUAAUCUCUUCUAGGGUUAUUAAAUUUCAUUUAAUUGGCUAAUCAAGAAGUUAGAAAUUGCAGAGCCACAGCGGGGUUAGCUCCCAGCCCCAUGAGCUAACCCUGCUAUGGCUCUGCCGUUUAAAUGUAGUAUCAGCCUCCUAGCUCUUAAUACAUUUAAAAGGCAGAGGUGCAGCAGGGGACUGGC